GGCCUGCGGCUGCGGGGAGCGGCAGGCCGGGAGUGGGCGCGGGAGCCGAGCCGAGCCGAGCCGGAGUGGGCGCCGGAGGCCGGCGCGGCGAGCAGCAACCAUGUCGGUGUUCGGGAAGCUGUUCGGGGCUGGAUGGGGUAAGGCGGGCAAGGGCGACCCGACCCCCCAGGAGGCCAUACAGCGACUUCGGGACACGGAGGAAAUGCUAAGCAAGAAACAAGAGUUUCUGGAGAAGAAGAUCGAGCAGGAGCUGACGGCUGCCAAGAAGCACGGCACCAAAAAUAAGCGCGCGGCCUUGCAGGCUCUGAAGCGCAAGAAGAGGUAUGAGAAGCAGCUGGCACAGAUUGAUGGCACCCUGUCAACCAUCGAGUUCCAGCGGGAGGCCCUAGAGAAUGCCAACACCAACACGGAGGUGCUCAAGAACAUGGGCUAUGCCGCCAAGGCCAUGAAGGCUGCCCACGACAACAUGGACAUUGAUAAAGUGGAUGAGUUAAUGCAGGACAUUGCUGACCAGCAAGAACUUGCAGAACAGACUUCCACAGCUAUCUCCAAACCUGUGGGCUUUGGAGAAGAGUUUGACAAGGAUGAGCUCAUGGCAGAGCUGGAGGAACUCGAACAAGAGGAGCUAGACAAGAAUUUGUUGGAGAUCAGUGGGCCCGAAACAGUCCCUCUACCAAAUGUCCCCUCUGUAGCCCUACCAUCCAAACCCGCCAAGAAGAAGGAGGAGGAAGACGACGACAUGAAGGAGUUGGAGAACUGGGCGGGAUCCAUGUAACUGUCCCAGCAGAGGCUGGGCCCAGACGGACUCUGGUGGCCUGUGCAUCGGGCAGGUGUGUGCGUGCGCAGGGCAGGCAGGACACGGUGCAGGCUCCUCCAUUGCUCAGCUCUCACCCAAAGCAGUAGGCUGCAUCCCUGCUCACUCUCACAUAGCACGGCCUGUGCCCAGGGGCGGGUGGGGGGAGGGGUGGGCGGGUGGGAGGUGCCUGCUGUUUAUAAUGUUGAAUUUCUGUAAAAUAAACUGUAUUUGCAAAUCCAUAAAAAAAAAAAAAA